UAUUGUAUUAAUUUAUUCACUAAUCGUGUUUCCAGCUCCCUCGAAAAAGCAGAUUAAAAUUCUGCAAUAUGGAUAGAGACAGGGACAAUACGGGGGCCUUAUUCUACUGUCGGGCUGGAUUGCUAGAACCACGUUUAUUGUGCCAUACCUUCCCAUCAUCAAGCCACUUUUCUAUGGCAUGUUGCACACCUGCUGUACAUGGACAUAGUCAGCAAAACUGUAAUAUAUUAUGGCCUUCUCCAAUCUGGAAUACAGAUCUCAAUGAUAUUGCUCGGAGAUUGCUCAUUGAACGUCGUUGCGUGAGUGAAAAUAAUUUUAACGAACCGAGACGUGAAGAUAAAAACUUGACCCUGAGAAGUAAUUAUAUGGGUCGUUGCUAUAAUCCUGCUAAAAAUUUGCAAAUAAAUGUCGAAGGUUGGGGAUGUUGUGACAAAACUGACAAUGAACUUGGAGACGAGACUAAACAUCAUAAAAUUCUGUCAGAAAACCGACUUUAUGACGUCAAAAACAACGAAAAUAAUAACGACGACAUAUUUUCGUCUUCUUCCGCUUCAACAAAUACUUUUUCUACUUGUGAUAAUUUAAAUAUUUCAUCAAAAUCUGAUAUUUUAAAAACGGAAUCUGAUGACGAUACUCCCGAUGAAGAUGACGAUAGCCAAGAACACAAAAGCGAACCGUUUUUGAAAUUUGGUGUAAGAGCAAUUCUCGCCAAAAAAUCUCACAAAGAAUCUAAUUCUGGUGUUUUGUCAGGCACCAAAUCAAGUCCAUCUCACAUUCCACCCACCUUACCAUCUCCUCAGCAAUUUGAUCCGAUUGAUCAAUAUAAGAGCUACUUCCAGCAAUUCGCUUUUCCUCUUCAUCGAACUACAUUUGGAUUACCGCAUCACAAUGUGGGCGAAAUAGUUCCUUCCUAUUCGUGGCUUCCUAUAACAACAAGAGGAAAACCUAGACGAGGAAUGCUACGAAGAGCUGUCUUUUCUGACCAUCAACGAAAAUCAUUAGAAAAGAAAUUUCAGCAGCAGAAAUACAUUAGUAAACCGGAAAGAAAGAAACUUGCAAAUAAACUGGGUCUAAAAGAUUCACAAGUUAAAAUCUGGUUCCAAAACCGAAGAAUGAAAUGGAGAAACACAAAAGAGCGGGAACUCCUCGCAAGUGGUGAUGGAAACCGCAAUUCAACUAUUCCUCAUAAAGACAAUCCGAAUCCCGAUCUUACAAACACGAAAAUCGAAACAGUAAGGGUACACACUUCUAUUGUGGACGACAACGAAAAAUCAAUGUCUACUGCUGGUGAAUCAGUGUGCCAUUUAUCCAAGCCUCUAGUAAAUGGUGUGAACCCGGAAGUGGCACCCAACUAUGACGAACCGGAAACGUCAACUUCUAGUAGUUUUCUAAAAUUCUGUCAACGAUAUGAAGGAAAUCCAAUCCCGUAGAUAACUUAAAAAUAAAACCGAGCACAAAAGACAGAGCCAACGUUGGCAGUGGGCGAAGGUAAACUUGAACUUAAAGCCAAGCAACCAGAUGCUGAAUCAACAUUGGUAUUCUGAUAUGCGUGUUGUAAAAAUCAUAGAAAACUUACUAUAUCAAUCAUUACACCACUGUAACGCCACCAACAUCUUAAAUUAGGAUAUGUGUUAAGAGUUGGAUUUGACUUUUAAAGUUGACGAAUGUUAUUUUUAUACAUAAAAAUAUAUUUUGACUUAUUUUGUAUAUUUUCUGCUACUUGUGCUCACAAUAUAAUUGAGUUAUUUUUCGCCUAAAAUUGGAGUUUCCUGUAAAAAAAUUACAAAAAACCUUGGCAAAUGAUCGUGUACAUACAAAUCAUCCAGUUAGUUGGUUCAUAUUCACAAAAUCUGCUUUCGUUGGUCAAUAUAAAAAGUUUCGAAGUUCGUUAAUGAGAAAACAAACGCUGCUCAUGUAGCGCGCUGUGUGACAACAAUGGAAUUUUGAUGAUAAAAUAAUGCCACAGUCAAAUUUCAGUAAAUGUGUCGCGCUUUUGAUAUAGGGAGAUUGGUUGUACUAUAAACCAUUACAAUGCUGCUUUACAUUGCUUUUUUAUAUGAUGUAGUGAUAAGAAAAUGUCCAUGUAGAGCAUUAUUUCUACAAUACUUCCGAACUUUGAACUCUUGAAACGAGGACCACGAGUAUCGAAUAUGUUCCUAAUUUAAGUCUACAUUCUAUUGUAUAUAUCUUGUUAUUUAGAAUUGUCGAUGCAAAAAUUAAAUUUUGUAAUAAGUGUCUUUAAACUA